UUUCCCCUGCAGAUUAACCGUCGCCAGCGUUUGGAAUUUGCCCUGACCCUCUUGCCCUACGAUCCUGCGACGGUUCAGCUGUCGGAGACGCAGAAGAAGGUGGAGCAGAUCAUCGCCCGCCUGCGGACAGACGACUCCUUCGCGGAGGAGGAGGAGAGCGAGGAUGGCAGGAUGCGACGCAUCCAGGAGGCCAACGAGUUUGCCGACUGCGCCAUGCGCCACAUCGAAAUGUCGGACAAUGGCAAGCUGAGCACCCUGGAAACCCUCACCCUGGCUGCGGAGAAACUGCUGAGAUCCCAGCGAUCGCCGCAGGAUGCUCCGGAUUUCGAGGACAUUGUGCAGGAUGUGGAGAAUGCGCAGCUGAUGAGGAGCACCAUCCAGGCGGUAAAUGAGGCGCGCCUGAAGCUCCUCCAGCAGUGGGAGCGCAGCAAGCGCAAGGCCCUGGAUCUCCUGACCAUCGAGAUCGAGAAGGUGCAGCAAAUGGACCGGGAGCAGGAGCAGGAGGAGCAGGAACAGGAGGAGCCGGAUCAGGAGCCCAGUUCCUCGGAGCCCUUCGAUGUGUUUCGCGAUGGAGCCGAUGAGCACAACACCUCGACUCCCAGGACCAACGACGAGGAUCUGGGCUUGGAUGAUGACGACGAGGAUUAUGUGCCCGGCGGAGGAGGCGAGGAGCCGGUGGCGAGCAAGAGGAAGCGCCUCAAGAAGCCGGUGACCUCCACGCCGAAUGCCAAGCGGCCGUGUCCCGGGUUCGAAUUCGACCAGGACAGCCAGUCGCCGAUGGUGAUGAUCGGUCCCAAUGGCACCGAGGUCUCCCGCGUCAGCCUGAGCGCCAUCAACUGGGACAUGACCGGACCCUCGAUCACCAGGAAGCUGCUCUGCGAGAUCUUCGACCGGGACACCUUGGCCCAUCACACGCUCUCCGGGAAGCCAUCGCCGGCCUUUAGGGACUGCGCCCGUCCCAGCAAACAGCAGCUGGAUCCGCUCAAGGUGGCCGAUCUGGUCUACCUGAUGACCAACAGCCUGGACAUGACUCCGCGGGAGGUGCGCACAGCCAUCACCACGAAAUGUGCGGAUGAGAACAAGAUGUUACGGUCCCGCAUGCAGCGCAAGUCCAAGUAG